AUGAGAUUUCUUGAUUUUUUCAUUCUCUUGAUAUUAAUAUCAGUGGCCUGGGCUCAAGCGUGGUCACAGGGGUUGCCAAGUUUAAGCCGCGGAAGCUCCUUGGCUGUUGCAAAAGAGAAUGAUUUCCUGGCUUCACCAAAGGGGACAUUCUCUGGUGGAUUUUACGAGGUUGGCACUAAUGCAUAUUGUUUUGCAAUAUGGUUCACUCAACUCUGUCAACAAGACCGUGGUUUGGAUGGCCAACAGAGACAAGCCAGUAAUGGAAGUUUAGAUGAUUCAACACGGGCUAUGGAAAAUCUCAUGGAUCCCGUUGACCUUUAUAUUGCCAUGUUCAUGGGUUGUGCGGUGAAAAUGGUAUUUGCGUUUACAGCCCGCAAUCAACUUGCAUUUGCCCUGAUGGUUUCAACAGAAAUGAUCCUUCAGACUGGAAGCACAUACAUGAGGAAUUGGCCAAUAUGGGAUCACUGUACUAGCCAUGGGCUUCAAACGUUCACUUAUGCGGAACUGGAAAGGGCAACAAAGAAUUCAAGCAAGAGGAUAGGAACUGGGGGCUUUGGGACAGUUUACAAGGAGUUCUGGAAGACGAAGAGUUAUAGCCGUGAAGAGACUGGGAGGUGUUUGCAAGGAGAUGCUGAAUUUUGGGCGGAGCUGUUCAAAGACCGGCAUGACACAAGGUUUUCCAAGGUGCGUGGCACGAGAGGAUACUUGGCUCCAGAAUGGAUGAUGAACCAAAUUAGAUGCAAAAGCAGAUGUGUACAGCUAUGGUGUUGUCCUGUUGGAGCUAUUGAGUGGAAAGACAGCCCCGGUUUUCAAUCAGCUAAUCCUUACGACGAGUGCAAUAAUUUGGUACAAUGGGCGACUAAACAGCACAUGACACCAGAAGGGCUAAGGAAACAUGCCAAAUAUAAUAAGGAUGGUAUACUUUUGGUUAAUGUGGUUAGUAUUUGGUCUGGAACCUCUAAUUUGGCAGCUAUACCAGGUGCUUUGAUUUCUGAUACAUACCUGGGCAGGUUCCGCACCCUCCUCUUCGGCUCCAUAUCCUCUUUUCUGGGUAUGGGAGUUAUGACCCUGACGGCAUGCAUACCUCACUUUAGACCGCCACCCUGCAAUGGAAGUCAAUGCCAAAAGUCUGAGAACUGGCAACUGGGCAUCCUCUUUGCGGCUCUUGCAUUACUAGCCAUUGGAUCGGGAGGCAUUAGACCCUGCAACAUUGCCUUUGGGCUGAGCAAUUUGAUUUCUUGAACUUAUCAGAUUAAAUGUUUAUUUCAUUAUUGGGCCUCGUCGAGCUCAAGACAAUUUUUGGCCCUAACAUACAUUCAGACUAAUGUCAGUUGGAUUCUUUCCUUUGCCAUACCAACCGGCUGUUUUCUUCUCUCUAUAAUCAUUUUCUUGAUCGGCUACCAUACUUACAUUCUCAAGGAGCCUCAAGGAAGUGUUUUUAUUGACAUGGCAAAAGUGAUCACAGCCGCUUUUAGGAAGCGCAGAGUAACUGUUGCUUCAGUUUCAAAAACCUCCCUUUACGAUCCUCCUUUGCCCGCAUCAGACUCAGAGACAACAAAUAUUCCACACAGUGAUAGAUUCUUGUGCCUUGACAAGGCUGUUGUGAUACUUAAUCCAAGAGAAUUGGAUGACCAAGGCAAGGCCAAGAAUGAAUGGAAGUUAUGUAGCGUGCUACAAGUGGAACAACUGAAAAUGUUGGUAGGAAUGUUUCCAGUUUGGGUAGCAGGAAUCAUUUGUUUCAUAGCCAUGGACCAAAAUAACACAACUGGAAUGCUUCAAGCAAUUCAGACUAAUACAAUAAUUGGGGGUUUCAAUAUGCCACCUGGUUGGAUGGGCCUAGUAUCAAUGCUUUCACUCUCAUCAUGGAUAUUCAUUUAUGAACGUAUUAUUGUACCUCUGUCUCGUAAAAUGACAGGAAAGAAAAGAAGAAUGACAAUGAGAGAAAGAAUUAACACUGGUAUUGUGAUGGCAAGUCUCAGCUUAUUGGUAGCUGGUUUUAUUGAAAAGAAGCGUAGGAUCUUGGCUUUAGAACAAAAGUCAUUUAAGUCAUCUCUGAGUAUUUUAGCACUGGUGCCACAAUUUUGCUUCUCAGGUUUGACAGAAGCCUUUGCCGCGGUGGCCUUAAUGGAAUUUUUAACUACAAAAUUGCCAGAAUCAAUGAGGACUGUUUCCGGAGCAAUAUUCUUUCUGAGCUUAUCAAUUGCAAGUUAUUUGAACUCCCUUCUAGUUAAUGUGAUUCAUGGAAUAACCGGGAAAAAUGGAGCUGCUCCAUGGCUUGGUGGCACUGAUCUUAACAAAGAUACCCUGGAGUAUUUCUAUUUCUUUAUUGCAGGCAUUGAAGUAUUAAAUCUUAUAUAUUUCAAUGUCUUCACAUACCGUUUUUUGUCGAAAGAAAAAGAUCUCAAUUCCAAAACGGAGGAAAAGCAGGAGACUGUUGAAUCUGUUUAA